AUGUUUUUCUGGACUUUCAUAGUCCUGAACAAAGGGAAGGCCAUCUUCCGCUUCAGCGCCACGUCCGCCCUCUACAUGUUCAGCCCGUUCCACCCCAUCCGUAAACUGGCCAUCAGGAUCCUGGUCCAUUCUUUGUUCAGCCUGUUCAUCAUGUGCACCAUCCUGACCAACUGCUGCUUCAUGGCCAUGUCGGAACCAGCAAACUGGGCCAAGUACCUGGAGUACACCUUCACAGGUAUCUACACCUUCGAGUCGCUCAUUAAGAUCCUGGCCAGAGGGUUCUGCAUGGGCCCCUUCACCUUCCUGAGGGACCCCUGGAACUGGCUGGACUUCAGCGUCAUCGUCAUGGCAUAUGUGACUGAGUUUGUGGACCUGGGUAAUGUCUCAGCCUUAAGGACGUUCAGGGUGCUGCGAGCGCUCAAAACCAUCUCUGUCAUCCCAGGCCUGAAGACCAUCGUCGGGGCUCUGAUCCAGUCGGUGAAGAAGCUGGCCGACGUGAUGAUCCUCACGGUCUUCUGCCUGAGCGUCUUCGCCCUCAUCGGCCUGCAGCUGUUCAUGGGGAACCUGCGUCAGAAAUGCGUCCGCAGCACAGAGCACUGCUUCAACGGCAGCCUGCCGGCCAACGCCUCCUUCUUCUGCAAUAACAAGACCUGGGCCUCCUUAAAGGACUUCAUCGAGGACGAAG